AUGCGAGAUUUUAAGCAGGGACAACGUCUCGAAGUGGAGGACGUUGUUGAAUUUCAACCUUUUGUUCCCUCCAUCACAAAGGUGGACAUACCAAAACAUUUGCAAACAAUGGCAUUAGACGCCUUCUCGGGCGAUUCUGAUCUCAUGGAGCAUUUGAGGUACUUUAACUCCAAAAUGGUUAUUGGUGGGGCGACGGAUGAGGUGAAGUGCAGACUGUUGCCAUCAACAUUCAAGGGAAUGGCGAUGCAGCGGUUCAUUAGACAACCGCCUUUCUCAAUUGACAAUUUUAUGGACUUGUCCACUAAGUUCUUAACUCAAUUCUCCGCCAACAAAACUACAAAAGCAACUAUGUUUGAUCUCAUCAGCAUACAUCAGCAGCCAGGAGAGAAGCUAAAGACCUACAUGGCGCGCUUCAGCAAGAUGGCUGUUCAACUUGAGGAGGAUAACCCGGAUGUAUGUUUGGCGUCUUUCAAAAAUGGCCUUAGGGCGGGAGAUUUGAAUCGAGAUUUAACAAGACGACCAGCGCGUGACAUGAUGGAUCUUCGCGCUCGAGUUCAGGAAUUCAUCUUAAUUGAGCAAGACGAUCAGAAAAAGAAAGAAAGGGAGGAGGGAAGGAAAAACUUCCAACCCGGCGUGGUUGCGCAGGACAAACCCAAGGCUGGAAAGGAUACAAGGCUAGCUCAAACUCCACGCACACCAAGGUCUGGCCCAUAUCAAAACUCCAAACCUGGAUUCCAGAAUACAUGGCAUAGAAAACUUCAAGGCACCACCACAGCUCCGACUAGUCAACAUGUUGCCUCGCCAAAUACGGUACCACUUACUAAACUAAAUGCACCCCUAAGUGCCAUAUUGAGGGCAGUAGGACAAACAAAUAUUGUGCAAUAUCCGCCGCCACCUCGGCGACCACCAACUAAUGUGGACAUAAACAGAUGGUGUGAGUACCACAAAACGCUGGGUCAUACCACAGAUAGUUGUUGGAACUUGCGGCGGGAGAUUGACCUGCUAAUUAAGGCUGGACAUCUGGCAAAUUUUGUUAAAGAUGCAGCAACGCCAGAGGCCGCCAAGGUAACUCAAGCGGACAAAGGAAAAGGAAAGGAGGUAGUAGACGAAUUGGGCGACCCUGUAGGAGAAUACUCAUCCAUUGCAGGAGGGUUUGGAGGAGGCGCGAUUUCUAGCAAGGCCAGAAAGCGUUAUGUGGCGGCAGUACAUUCUGUGCACGAAGCAUACUAA